GAUUUGGGAGAAGCUGCCUUUGUGUCAGGCAUUGAAAUUUAGAGAGAUAGAGCUCGAGAAGGUUCCGUCAGUUAAAGGAUAUUUGAAGAAGGAGCAUUGCCCCAAGAAUAAAGAAGAAGAAGCUGAGAUGAGGAACAAGCCGUAUGCUUCUCUAGUUGGAAGCAUUAUGCAAGCACAAGUAUGUACCAAGCCAGACCUAGCCUUGUGCAUUACCAAGAUGGGGAGAUUUCAGUCAAAUCUGGAAAUGCAACAUUGGAUAGCUGGAAAGAAGAUUUUAAGAAAAGCAGAGGAUGAUUACAUCUCUACUUCAGGUUUUCUUUUCAAGAUAGCAGGUGCAACUGUUGCUUGGAAGAGUGCUAAACAAUAUGAUUUUUCAAGUUCAACUAUGUUUUCAGAAUACAUAGCUUGCUAUGAAGCCACUUCUCAUGCAAUAUGGCUAAGGAAUUUUAUCAAAGACAUUAAAGUGGUGGACUCGAUUUCAAGACUAGUGCAGAUAUACAAUGGCAACACAUGGGCUGUCUUUCAAUGCAUGAACAACAAGAAGUCAUCUGGACUUCAGCACAUUGACAUAAAGUAUUUAAUAGUGCGGGAGAAUGUAGCAAACAAACUAGUCAGGUUUGAUCAUAUAAGAAUUCAAGAUAUGAUUGCAAAUCCGUUUACAAAGUUUCUGCCUUCAGAAACGUUUCUGAGACAUGUUGAGAGCAUGAGAUUAUUUCCUAACUUUGAUGUUGCAAUCUAG